AUGGAGGCCAAGGUUGAUUUUGAGGUGGACAAUUUGACCACAGCUACAGGGAGCAGUAGUUUCUCUCAACUACUCUUCGGAGAUGACGAUGAUCAUCAUCAACAUGCAUUGGGUUUUGCUGCCACUGUGGACCACUACAACAAUACCCAUCUGCCUCUUUUCUCCAUUGACAAGCCACCCAAAAUGCUCUCUUUUGGAGACUUUCACCAUGUACAAGAACAACAACAACAACCUCACCUCUUGCUCCCUGAAACCAACGCUACCCCUCAGAAAUCUGUAAUCACUUCAAGUGAUUCUUCUUCUGCUUCUUCAUGCAACCACACCACCACCGCCAUUAACUCCAUGUCCAAGACCAAUAGUUUGCAGAAAAAGCGAAAUUGGCCGGGGCUACAACCCAUUGUGAAGGUGCCUAAUAGUAACAAUAAGAAGAACAAAACAGAGAAUCCUCCGAGUUCAACUUCAAGCGGUCAUGCAAAGCAGAAGAAGGAGAAACUCGGGGAACGAAUUGCAGCAUUACAACAGCUAGUUUCUCCCUUUGGGAAGACAGAUACAGCUUCGGUGCUUCACGAGGCAAUGGGCUACAUAAGAUUUCUCCAUGACCAAGUUCAAGUGCUAUGCUCCCCUUACUUGCAGCGCUUGCCUUCUUCUUCUUCUUCUCCUUCUUCAUUUCAACAUCAAUGUGGGGAGGAGGAGGGACUGAAAGAAGACAAGAGGGACUUGAAGAGCAUGGGACUCUGCCUCAUCCCCCUCCAAUCCACCCUACACGUGUCAAGUACCAACGGUGCUGAUUUCUGGUCACCUGCUGCUGCAGCCAACAAUGUUACACCUUAUGCCAAAUAG